AUGAGCCUUCAACCGACUGCCUCAAAGUUCACGUCGUUCCCGACUCCGAGUGCAUCGCCGUGCUUUCUCGACGAAUCGGUGUAUGGCUCAGACUUUGAGUGGAUCCUCGGUAAGUGGUCACUGUCGCUUAAGGUUACUGUCGUCUGUGAUGUCUUUCGUCUUGACACCGGAUAUCUCAACAGGCAUUUCGGCUAUUAUCAUUAA